AUGCAGUGUUCCCACCACUGCGAGCACCUACUGGAAAGUCUGAACAGGCAGCGUGAAGUGGGCUUUCUUUGUGACUGCACCAUCAUUAUUGGUGAAUUCCAGUUCAAAGCUCAUCGAAAUGUUCUUGCAUCUUUUAGCGAAUACUUUUGGGCUAUUUACAGAGAUACUUCAGAGAGUAAUAUAUUUCUGGAUCAGAAUCAAGUGAAGGCUGAUGGAUUUCAGAAACUUUUGGAAUUCAUAUACACAGGAGAUUUAAACCUUGAUAGUUGGAAUGUUAAAGAAAUUCACCAGGCUGCCGACUAUCUUAAAGUGGAGGAAGUAGUCACUAAGUGUAAAAUAAAAAUGGAAGACUUUGCUUUUAUUGCUAAUCCUUCUUCUACAGAAACUUCUAGUAUCACUGGGAAUAUUGCAUUGAACCAACAGACUUGCCUGCUAACACUUCGUGACUACAAUAACCACGAGAAAUCAGAUGCCCCUUCAGUGGAUAUAGCUCAGUCUCCGGUCUUAACAGCAGCCUUGGAAAAAAAAUCAGUUCAACCCAAAAAACGGAAAAAGGCCUUCAGUUCCCCAAAACACCCACCAAGCAAGCCAGUACAAUAUCCAGGUGAUGUUGCAGAAAACUCUGCCAUGGAGAUGUUUUUGGAUGCGAAUAAAUUGGCCACCGAGAUAACAGAACAAGCUGCUCAAGGAGGUGAUAAUUCUGAACUGCAACUUACCCCCGUGGUAGAGAGUGAAACUUUUGCUGCUCAAGAAAUCCUUGUGCAGGCUAUGGCUGUGAAGCCAAAAAAGGGCAAACCACAUCAAAACUGUGCUCUGAAAGAGCACUGCUUAUCUAACAUCACCAGUGAUAAGAACUCCUAUCAGUUGGAGAGCUUGGGAGAAGACCUGGAUCAGAAAUACCCCAAGGCCAAGCCGGUGUGUAACACAUGUGGGAAGGUAUUUUCUGAAUCUAGUAGCCUGAGACGGCACAUGCGGAUUCACAAGGGAGUCAAACCGUACGUGUGCCAGCUCUGCGGCAAGGCCUUUACACAGUGCAACCAGCUGAAAACGCAUGUAAGAACUCACACAGGUGAAAAGCCAUACAAAUGUGAACUCUGUGAUAAAGGUUUUGUUCAAAAAUGCCAGCUUGUUUUCCAUAGCCGAAUGCAUCACGGAGAGGAGAAACCAUACAAAUGUGACGCCUGCAAUCUGCAAUUUGCAACUUCAAGUAAUCUAAAAAUCCAUGCUAGGAAACACAGUGGAGAGAAGCCAUAUGUCUGUGAUCGAUGUGGACAGCGAUUUGCACAAGCAAGCACGUUGACUUACCACGUGCGACGACACACAGGAGAAAAGCCUUAUGUCUGCGAUACCUGUGGGAAAACUUUUGCAGUUUCAAGUUCACUCAUCACUCACUCAAGAAAGCAUACAGGAGAGAAACCUUAUAUAUGUGGCAUUUGUGGCAAAAGCUUCAUUUCUUCAGGAGAACUUAACAAACACUUCCGGUCUCAUACAGGUGAAAGACCAUUUAUCUGUGAACUGUGUGGAAAUUCCUAUACAGAUAUCAAGAACCUAAAGAAACAUAAAUUGAAAGUUCAUUCGGACCCCGAGUUCCCUUUGGAUUCCAUUGCACUUGACCCUUCCUUCAGCGAGCAAGAUUCAAUUCCAAGUGAGAAAAGCCUUUUGCUGGAGUCUGCUGAUGUGAAGCCUUCAGACAUAUUGCCUCUGCCCAUUGGAACAGAGGACCAUCAGCUAUUACUGCCUGUCACGGAUGGUCAGUCUCCCCCAUCCGACACACUCCUGAGAUCUACCAUCACAGGAUAUUCAGAACCUCAGUUUAUUUUCCUCCAGCAAUUGUACUGACAAGUGUGAGUGAUGAAAACUCUAGGAAUGCAAGCAUCUCUUAUAUCAAAAGGAGCUGUGGGUAAGUUAGAUUUCAUCUCAGACUAGGGACUUUGAGUGAUGCAUCUUUGCUUUGAGUUCAGCUUUUCUCUAAUAUUUUGUUACUCUAGAACAAAGAUUGUGUAUUUUCACCUGAAAGAAU